AUGGACUUAGAGAACUUCCAAAACCUCCUGCAACACCCACUCGUCGCACACGUCAAGGAUAAAUCAAUGUCGCAGCUCGCGAUGCAGCUCACCUUCAUCCGAAGCGCCUACGUAGACCCCUACGUGAUCGACCCGCUCUCCUCAUUCCUCGCCUCAACCACUGGAUCCGUGGAUAUCUUCUCCGUUCUCAUCCUCGUCGCGAUCCUCUACAUCUCACUCCGGAUCCUGGACUAUGCCCGGCGCGUGAUUAUGUUCUGGGUCUUCCUGGCUCUGCGACUGGUUUUUGGGAACGCGAGUCGGGAUCUGGGAUGGGCGUGGGGUGUUGUCGAGGGGUUUGUGGAAGAUUUCCAGGCUCGCUCGGCUGCUGGUUCUGGGCGCCCUGGUGCGAGUUCGUACGGGAACAUUCCUACUUGGAGCUCUGGGAAGAAGGGGAAGAGACACGGAAGCUGGAGGUGA